ACACAUUGGGCCACCCCUUGUAAAAAAAAGUCUAGCUCCGCCCCUGCAAAUAUAACUGUUUUUAUUCAUCUAAUGUGCAGACGAACCCAUAUGUUUCGGCUGGUCACUUGUGUUAACUUCUGUCAUCACAAAGCCUCCGCCCAAACGACUCCCGCCCAUCCGCAGCUAUCUGAAACCCUGGCAGCGAGCCACAGCGUAUCAGCUCCUCUGGUGACCCUCAGUUGAUCUCAGUCUGGUUUUUAGAGACCCCCCGAUCGUCAGCGGGGUCAAAAUGCCUCCCAGAGACACUUGUCUGAACCGGACUGCCAGCACUGCCCGCCACUAAAUGAGAUGUUGCUGCAGAGAAGCCUGAGCAGAGGUCUGGGGCUCGGCCUUCUGCUGUUCGCUCUUCUUCACGAAGCCWCCGCUCAGAGGAGGAAGACGACACGGAGGAAAAAGGACAAGCUGCUCAACGAUGGAGGUAACGGUUCCGAWAAGAAGUCUCCACAAGCUGGAGGUCCAGCGUGCUCUCUGGAGGURGCCUUCAUCCUGGACAGCUCUGAGAGCACCAAGCAGAUCCUGUUCGAGCAGCAGAAGGCCUUCGUGCUGAGAUUCAGCACCCGGCUCUCCGUGCUGCAGGUCACYGGCUGGGCCCUGAAGGUGCGGAUCGCCGCACUCCAAUUCAGCAGCUCCGUGUCCGUCGAGCACCGAUUCACAGACUGGAAYGACCUGGACUCUUUUCAAGGCAGAGUCAAUGCCAUGAGCUACAUCGGUCAGGGCACCUACACCACCUACGCYAUCACCAAUGCCUCCCAGCUGCUGAUGCAGGAGACGCCCAAAGACAGCGUCAGGAUCGCGGUGCUGUUGACCGACGGAGUCGACCACCCGCGUAACCCCAAUGUGUUGGCAGCUGCAGCGGAGGCCAAAGGUCGAGGCAUCAGGUUCUUCACCAUCGGGUUGUCAGACGUGGCCCAGCAGAGCGAGAAUACCGACAAGCUCCGCGCCAUCGCCAGCUCACCCGCUCAGCAGUAUGUCCAAAGUCUGCAGGACCCUCAACUGGAGGAGAAGCUGCUCAGAGAGAUGGGAGCAGUUGCUCUUGAAGCGUGUCCACAGAACCAGGUGUGUUUGUGUGAAAAAGGAGAGAGAGGCCCUCAGGGAAAUCCUGGUAGAAAAGGAGAUCCAGGAGACAGGGGGCAACCAGGUCUAAAAGGAGCUAGGGGUGAGCCUGGAUUUAAUGGUCAACCUGGAAGCGACGGCCCUCAGGGACGUCCCGGUUAUAAAGGCAACAAGGGGGAAAGAGGAGAGUGUGGCGCUCCUGGAGAAACGGGUGAUGCUGGAGCACAAGGACCAGCAGGACCUCCGGGACCAAAAGGAGAACAGGGUGUACCUGGACCAAUGGGAGAUAUGGGUCCUGAGGGGCCAGUGGGAUCCAAAGGAGACCGAGGACCCAUUGGGGCACCUGGACCCCCAGGAGACUUUAAGAUUGGAUUUCCAGGCACCAAAGGUGAAAAGGGUCUUCAGGGAAGACCAGGACCUCCAGGUCCUGCUGGGAUUGGAGAAACAGGACUACAUGGUCCGCCGGGACCACCUGGACUACAAGGAAACCCUGGACCUCCUGGAGAAGGGUUUCCAGGGCCAAARGGGGAUCGAGGAUUUGACGGUCCACGAGGAAACCGUGGUCUUCCUGGGGUUGGGGUCAAAGGUGACAAGGGUAAUUUUGGACCACCUGGAGUUCAGGGUCCAGUUGGGGCUCCUGGGGUUGGACUUCAAGGUGAAAAGGGAGACCAGGGUCCAGCUGGACCUGCAGGACCAAGAGGAGCUCCAGGUGUUGGAAUGCCAGGACCAAAAGGGAACCAGGGCCCCCCAGGUGAGCCUGGACAUCCAGGUGAGACGGGGGUGGGAGCRCCAGGACCCAAAGGAGACCCUGGAGCUCAGGGAUCAGAAGGACUCCCAGGUCUACAAGGGGAGGAUGGAAGUCCGGGACAAAAGGGGGACACAGGUGCUCCGGGGCCCAGGGGGCCUGAUGGGGCUCCUGGGAAAGGAGCUCCCGGUGAGAAGGGGGACAAAGGGGACAGGGGGAGCCGGGGACAGCCGGGGUCGUUCGGUCCUGUGGGGCCAACGGGGCCAAAGGGAGAACCAGGGAAACUUGGACUGCCAGGACCCAGUGGACCACCGGGUCGGGGGAUUCCUGGUGCCAAAGGAGAACCGGGUCCACAGGGUCCCGCUGGAGCUGUGGGGGAGUCUGGGAUUGGUUUACCUGGACCAAAGGGUGAUAGGGGACCACCAGGAUCGCUUGGGCUACCUGGACUGAAGGGUGAAGGGUUCUCCGGACCUCCAGGGCUUCCAGGACUUCCUGGUCUGCCUGGAGAAAGUGGACCUGAAGGCAUUGGAUUACCUGGACCAAAGGGAGACAGAGGUUUACCUGGACCACCUGGACCUGCUGGGCCGCCUGGAAUUGGUCUAAUUGGUUCAAAGGGUUCCGUUGGUCCGAUGGGUCCACAGGGUCCUCCUGGGUUACCUGGAGAAGGUGUACAAGGACAAAAGGGGGAACCAGGAUUUCAGGGGAUCCCUGGAUCCAGAGGUCCUCCAGGACAGGGUCUGCAGGGGGACAAGGGAGACCGAGGACCGAGAGGAGAGAAAGGCAGGAAGGGAGAUCUGGGACCACCUGGAGCACCAGGAGACUCUGGACCUGUGGGCCGAGCUGGACAGAAGGGAGAACCUGGACUCACAAGAGAUGAGAUCAUCAGGAUAAUCACAUCCAUCUGCAGUUGUGGGGUGAAGUGCAGCCAGACCCCCCUGGAGCUGGUGUUUGUGAUCGACAGCUCCGAGAGCGUAGGCCCUGAGAACUUCAACGUGGUCAAAGACUUWGUGAACGCCGCAGUGGACCGGGUCUCUGUGGGCGGGGAUGCUGCGCGAGUCGCCGUGGUCCUCUAUAGCCACAUCAACGCCGUGGUGGUCAGUCUGGAGCAGGAGGCCACCCAGGACGAGAUCAGGUCCGCGGUGCGCUCCAUGAGCUACCUGGGCGAGGGCACCUACACCGGCAGCGCCCUCCGGCAGGCCAAUCGGGUGUUCGGGGCGGGCCGGGCGGGCGUCAGGAAGGUGGCCGUCGUCAUCACGGACGGGCAGGCGGAUCGCAGGGACUCGGUCAGUCUGGAGAGCGCCGUGGCGGAGGCUAAAGAAAACGAAAUUGAGAUGUUUGUGAUCGGGGUGGUGAACGAGAGCGACCCGCAGUCCGAGGAGUUCAAAAAGGAGCUGAGCUUCAUGGCCUCGGACCCCGACAAAGACCACAUGUUCCUGAUCGCAGACUUCCAAAUCCUGCAAGCGCUGGAGAAACGACUGCUGACCUGCAUCUUUGAGGACAGAAAGAAGAAUUUAUUUGGACCCAUCCCGGGUUUCAUGCUCCUUUCUGGGAGUGCACCUGAAUCGCCGUAUGAGAGGGACUCGGACGUGCCCGCCUUCACACAAGACUCCAAGAAGUUUCCAACGAUGCCCGGCUCACCGGCAUCCCACUCCAACGGGGUGCUGGUCCCUCCACGCAGACCCAAACCAGACCAGGACAGAACCACGUCAGAAACUCAUAGGUUCCCGUUUUUCGACAGGGAGCCCUUCAGACCCGUGACUGAGUUCCUCCCACAGUUUGACAUAAACAAGUUCCACAUGACCGAAGCCCUCGGGCCCGACGGUUCCACACAAAAGGCCCCGACCAAGUCGGAGAUGCCGGCACCUUCUCCAUCAUCACCGUCACCACCGUCUCUGCCACUCUUGCCCUCUGACCCCCACACAUCAGCUGAGGGCUGCAGCCAGAUCCUGGACCCGGGACCCUGUCGGGACUACAUGGUGAAGUGGUACUACGAUGCUACAUCAAACGCCUGCGCUCAGUUCUGGUUUGGAGGCUGCUUCGGAAACAAAAACCAGUUUGAGACUGAGGAGAAGUGCAGCGAAACCUGCGUCAAGUUCUAACAAUCCUUUCAUCAAAAACACAAAUCUGAACAACUGAAAACUCAUCAAAAACAUAAAAUGUUCUUAUUUUUGUUACCUGUACGGUCAUGGAAUUGAAACAAUAACUUUUGGGACURUUAGGUUUGAAACUGCUGAACUGUAGUUUUAGUUCUGACUGAUUACUGUGUCCAAGUCUAUCAAGGAUAUUUGUCUUUAAAUCAUUUCAAACUUUUAAUAGUGGCACAACAAACAGAUUUUGUGUUUUUUCUGUUGAAACUGAACUUUAACAGUUUUACCUCUGAUUCUUGAGUCCUGAUCCAAAAUACAACCAAGAGCUCCAAUAAGAAAAAUGUGUUUAUUUACUGAAUAAACGAGGAAUAAAAAUUCACUUUUUAUACCAGA